AUCGAAGAUAAGAUAAAAAAAAGAGGACUUACUCGGAUAAGUUAGUAUUUAACAAAAUAUGAAUAUGAAGUAUGAAUAAUGUCCAUAGAAAAAAGAGAUGCAAACCGCAUGCUCUUGGGCUACGAGCUGACGCCUAGACAAGAUGCAUUAGUGAACCAUUUAGUGCCGUCUUUAGGUGCUUGUAUUUUGUAUGUUCUACUAAUAGCCGGAGAUGUGGGCGUGAUAUUUAGACAUUACAAAGACGACGAUCCCAUUUGGGGCUCACUGACUCUAUUUAUCUUAUACGUGCCCGUAUUGGCGAGUUUUAUUAUAGUGAUUUCUAAUUGGGAACUGUGGCCUGAAUUCGAGUCUUGCAGCAGGAAUAAUUUGAUAUGGUUCUGGACCAAGGUAGCGGAGCACCUUUUGUUCCCUAUAUGGAGCAUGUGGAGAUUUGCCGAAAGGAUCUUCUGGUCCAUAGAAGCUGUAAGGGCGCCAGAUGACAAAUCCAUAGCGGAGGCUGUGGCCGCAGUCACAGACCCCCGCUCUAUUGAAUUGUACGUGUUUCUGCAAUCUUAUUUGCAUUCGUUGCCGCAGGUUUUGUUGCAGCUUUAUGUGCUCGUUAGGCACAAUGCCGACAUUAACUCCCAAACAGCAAAUGUGCAAAUCAUGAGCAUUGUUUUGAACAUCGUGAAGAUUUCCGUUACCACGACCUAUUACCAGCGAUUCAAAUCGCAAAAAUUGUCGGGGAAACGUUACCCUUGGUAUAAACAUUACAAGUCUCUCCAACCCCAAUCUCCUUCACAGCAGGUUGUUCUCAGGAGACACAAUGUUGCGCUCAAUAGGCCAGCGUCAGCGAUGGACGAGCGUCUUUCUGAACACCUAGAACCCAACAACGACGAAGAUUUGCCCAGAUACUCCGCCAUCGCCACCAGGAGAAGAAGCAGCGACCUGUACAUGGACCCUCUAGAACUGCAGCUAGACGAGCCAGUUGCCGGUCCUUCGGGUCUCACCAACAGGCAAACACUACUAGAAACAGACUUCGAUGAGGAGGUGCAGACGAGAAUUAAGGUCCUGGGGGAAAAGGUAUUCGACAAUACCGACGCUCCACCUGCUUCGUUCAACUUCAAUUCUUCAUUGGUUCUAUCAUGGUUUUUAGACGCCUCUGGAUCGGUAUCGCGUUUCCACCGUCGGAGCUUGCGCUCGACAUCGAUAACGGACGGUCCGUGGCAGUUGUACCGGGCAGCGGAUUUGCCCGGUCGCUCCGAGCCGGAUUUCAACAUAUCCCGCGUAAUCUACGUGAAGGGCAUGGAAGACGAUGACCUGGCCGGUAGACUGAUAGCCAUAGUGUGGUGGUUUACGUUCCUGCUGGCCAGGGUGUUGGCGAUAUCGGUGUUCGCUUACUUCUACAUAAAAGAAACUGUCUAUUUGAUGAGUUUGCACUUUCUGUUAGUGCUGGGAAUUCUGGCGUACGACGUGAGAUCGAACGAUGUGGACAGGUCCAGGGCGCUGUUCUUCUUCUUUAUAGGGUUCGUGUAUAUCUUUUGUAUCAUCGAGUUCAAAAUCAAAUUCAAGAGAGCGACGGCUAUAUUCUACGGGUUCUUCUUCGUGGUUUUUCUGGAGAACAUCGUGAUGUGCUUAGUUUGGUACUUCGAGCAAAUGGAGUCGCUCGAGAACGAUUUUUGGUUCAGAUACGUUUUUUAUAUAAUCAUCGCUUGCAUGUUUUUGAGCUUCUCUGCUAUGGUGUUCUAUUUCGCUUUAAACAAACCGGAUAAAGUCACAGUAGCUACUAUAGUGAAGAAGUAAAUGGCGCCACUGAUAUGACAAUUUUAUACAACAAUAAGGAGCUUUUCUAUUUAUUUUUAUGUACGAUUAUUAAUCUAAAUAAAUUUUACUACAAAUAUAAAUUAUACUACC